AUGAAAGUUUCUAGCGGAUUCUUCUCGAAUAGUCCAUUUCGUGAGAAUAAAGAUGACCAUAAAAGACGUUUAGAAUUACAAAAUGCAGCAUCAUUAAGAGCACAAUAUGGAAUUCCUAAUUCAUUCGUAUUGAUUUUUGCAUUUCCAGGCAUGAAAGGUUAUAAAUGGAUGUCUAUUAUUUGUACGUUUAUGACAAUAUUUACGAUUUUAUUUUUAUUCUUUCAAAUUAAAACUGUUAUUCAAGAGGGUGGUGAUAUUCUUGAUCAAAAAUAUAUGGAAAACAAUGUUCCACCGCUGGUGGUGUACGCUUGUACGCUGAUAACCAUGGCAAUGUGCGUAGUUGUAAUUUAUAUGUGUAAAAAAAUACCAAUGAGAUUUUAUUGUCAAGAAACGAAUGGUCAGAUCCGAUAUGCAUUACUUUAUCAAACCGUACUAGGACAAUUGAAUAAAGUAGAAUUUGAUCCAACAAAAUAUAAAAUAUUGCCAUGUCGUCGUACAUUUUAUGUUAUGGAACGAUUAUUUCGUACUCGACGAGAUAUCGAUAUAUUUCGUUCGAAAGGUCAAGUGAUUAUGCAAGAGAAAGAGUCACAAGAGAAAGAUGCUCAAAUGGAAGAUGAAAAUGAAGAAAAAAUCAUUUGGGAAACGGUUGUCGAAAACCAGAAAAAAGACAAUAAAUAG